GAGCCUUCGCUCCUGCCGGCGAUCCUGAAGGGGUGGAGCCAAUCCGUCUCCAAGGUGACGGAGCGGCGGCCUCGACGGUCGAUUGAGCGGGUCUGAGGUUCCCACAGGGCUGCUUGUUCUCCGCUCUUGGUCGCUGUUAUGGCGGGUGCGCUGAAGAAGACCACUGGCCUUGUGGGAUUGGCUGUACGUGAGGCUCCACACGAGAGGCUAAAAGUAUUGUACACAAAGAUUCUUGAUGUUCUUGGUCGAAUCCCUAAAAAUGCUGCAUAUAGAAAAUACACAGAACAGAUUGUAAGUGAGAGGCUGGCUGUGGUGAACGCGGAAUCAGAUGUUAAAAAAUUAGAAGACCGACUUCAGCUUGGCCAAAUAGAGGAGGUGAUUCUUCAGGCUGAAAAUGAAUUAAGUCUGGCAAGGAGGAUGAUCCGGUGGAAACCAUGGGAGCCAUUAGUGGAAGAGCCUCCUGCCAACCAGUGGAAAUGGCCAAUAUAAUCGUCGUUUACUGACUGACGGGUUGAUGGGAAACUGCUGUCAUUAAAUGUUCUGUUAUAUUAAAAA